AAAUGACGGUCGUACAGUAAGCUGUCAAAAGCUUGUUGCUUAAAUCUUUGCAGCGCUGCAAAGUGGUGAAGAAAUUAGGUCGGACAAGCUUUAAUUCUUGGUGCAGGGCAGGAAUUAGACGGACUGUUGAACAGACACAUUGGGGGCACUUGACAUCUUGUUUUCCGCUAGUUCAGUCGCCGUUUUGUCCGUGUGUCCUCCUGGCUGCUGCUGCGUGAUAUCCUUUCCUAACGAUGAGAUCAGCAAAAGAAGUGCCUUUGAGAAGACAACCCCAGUCUGAAGUUGGUUCCCAGUCAUAGCUGGCCUAUGCUCUGUUUUCAAAGACCAAUCUAAGAACUAGCAUAUGAAAUCUCGACAGAAAACCUUUUGGUGCAAGUUUGCACACAUUCAGCACCAAGAAGAUUACUGAACUUUAGCCAUAAGAAGAAGAAACGGAGAGAAGAAAAUGACCUAAGAACGUUUUGCUGAAAUAACAUCUGGAUGUGGAUUCUUAAAAAAAAAAAAGAAAAGAACAAAGCUGCAUUUACACUUACAUGUUGUAAUAAUUUCCAGCUUUUAUUGUGGGAUUUCUUUGAACCGUGAAGUUGACAUUUAACAUUUACUGUGUGGUGAAACCUCUUGGACAUGGCGCUAAAUAUGUCUUCAGUAAGAGACACCAAAUGGCUGACAUUGGAAGUCUGUCGCCAGUUUCAGCGGGGAAACUGUUCACGCAGUGAUGAGGAAUGCAAAUUUGCACAUCCACCCAAGAGCUGCCAGGUGGAAAAUGGAAGAGUCAUUGCCUGCUUUGACUCUUUGAAGGGCAGAUGCUCAAGAGAAAACUGCAAGUAUCUCCAUCCUCCUUCUCAUCUGAAAACCCAGUUGGAGAUAAAUGGGCGCAACAACCUUAUCCAGCAGAAGACAGCUGCUGCUGUGCUUGCUCAGCAGAUGCAGCUGAUGAUCCCUGGACCAAGUCUGCAGCCUAUGGGACUUGGCACUAAUACCAGUCUUGGUUAUGGGUCAUAUAUCACCCCUUUGAACCAUGGAAUGAGUCUCAUUCCCUCAGACAUCCUCUCCAGCACCCCAGUUCUUGUCCCUGGCAGCUCAGCUGUCACGGUCCAGUGUUCCUCCUCCUCCUCUUCCUCAUCUUCUUCUUCUCCAUCACAGAAGCUGCCGCGUGCAGACAAAUUAGAGGUGUGCCGGGAGUUUCAGCGGGGUAACUGCUCGAGAGGGGAGACAGAUUGCCGCUUUGCUCAUCCCACUGACAGCCCAAUGAUUGACACCACUGAUAAUACAGUCACUGUUUGCAUGGACUACAUCAAGAGCCGCUGCUCCAGGGAGAAGUGCAAGUAUUUUCACCCGCCUGCACACUUGCAGGCCAAAAUCAAAUCCAGUCAACAACAAGUCAGUCAGAGCGGGGUGGCAGGCCAGGCCACAGCUGCAGCCAUGACUCAGUCGACCGCCAAAGCAAUGAAGCGACCCCUCGAGGCAGCUGUAGACCUGGCCUUCCCACCCAGCAUCCUGCAGCCCCUACCAAAGAGACCAGCCCUUGAGAAGAGCAGCUGGGCCAGCACUCUCCUUUCACCCAGUUUAUUGCACUACCAGCAGGCUCUGGCUAAUUCACAGUUACAGCAGGCUACAGCAGCAUUUUAUCCUGCAGGUUCUGUCUUGUGCAUGACUCCUGCUAACAACAUUGAUCAUCCUCAAGUAACCAUCAGAAACAGACGUCAGUGCCACGUCGCAGCAGUUAAAGGUCCUUUACAACCUCCGUACAAACAGUCUACUAGCAUCACACACAGCAUACAACAACCUGCAUGUUAAUAAUGUUGCUACUGAAAUUAGGGUUACUUUACAUUAUAGAAGCUUUGCUGUAAGUGCACGCUUUUGCGCCUGUGUUAAAUGCAUUUUCAAUAAUUUGCGUGAUGCGUUGCCCCCGUUUGCCGGUUCUGUUGAAGUCAAGGAUGAAAGUAUUUUGUCUCAUUAUACACAUUGUACAGUAACCUGGUCUGUUUAAAAGGCAUUUCUGAACAAUUGCAAAUAGAAAAGUCACAAACAGCAGACAAAACAGUAUAAAUACAAUAUAAAAAUCUUCUUUUGAACUAAUCUCAACACUUGUAAACCAUUUAAGUAUGUAGAUAUUUAUGGUUGAAAACAUUGAGUUUGGUCACAGAAAUUUCAGGUUGGUCCUAUAUUGCAGAUUGUUUUUAUCUUCUUGAAUGUGCUAUUUAAUUAAAGUUUUUUUUUUAAUGACAAUUUCAUAGUGCCAGAUUUAAAUAUAUUUAACAAACCAGUGGAAAGCACUUAUUCUAACUUUUAACCUCAUGUUGUGUAAAAUGAUAGCUGGCUUAUGGACAUCCCUUUAAAAUGCUCAGAGAGAUCCCCAGAGAACUGGAUCAGUGCUCCACCUUCUGGUGUGCCUUUGCAUUGCAUAGACAGGCUCUAUGCUGAGAGGAAAUGCUGUAUAAUUCAUCUGAUGUCAAAUAGCAGACCCACUCAUAAAACGUUAUGUCCUUUUAACAAUAUAAACUUCAUAUUACAAGUCAGAUGCUUAGAAGAUACGGAUUAAACUAUAGGAAGAGCGGCUACAGACUUGAAAGAUUGCUAGGAAUACAACUGCUAAUAUUUAAACUAAAAUUGUUGUGUGAACAUUGUCAGAACUGUUUUGUUUGAAUGUUAUAAGUGCCUAAACAAUCGUAGGUAGAAAUGCAAAACGCAGUCCUUAUUUUCACAAAGUAUAGAAGUUACUUUCUCUGAACUUAGAUUUUAUUUUGAGUUCCUGGAACUUUCCUGAAUCUUAUUAGUUACUUUCUCAAACUUACUGAGUUCCUAUAGAAAAGGAGCAGCAUUUUGAAGUGACUUGUAACUUCUCUUGUACUUACUAUGUGUUAAAUCAGUCCAAGUACCUUGCAGGUACAUAGAUACAACCCACCUCAUAAUAUACCCUGCGUCAUGAAAAUAUUCAGUAUGUUCCAGGAAAGUACCUAGCAAGUUUUGUGUAGGUUCCUGAAAAGAGAACUUGGUAAGUUCUAGAAAAGUUCCACAGGGUACCUGGUAAAAUCCAGAAAGGUUCCACGAAAGUUCCAGGAAAAUACCUGGUAGGAUCUGGAAAAGUUCCAGGAAAGUGUCAAGUUUUAGGAAAGGAUGACCUCUACGUUCCUGAAAAGUAACCUCUAAAUCCAGUGAAGUUCAGGCUGUAUUUUAUAGUGCUACUGAAUUGUACAUGCAAUGACAUCUGAGAAUACUUCAAAGGUUUUUUGUGAAAAUCACUUCAGUAAUGUACUAAUUAAGUCACUGAUGUUUGAGAUAGAUUUCCAUGCGUAGUUUGCAGUGCAAUGUCAGUGCUUUAGUAUUUUCUCGAAAUUCAGAUAAGGUUUUGUCCUUGAAUAAAUUUCUCACCGAUGUUCAAACAGGUGUGUACUGUGCAUAGGACCUAAUAUCCAGGUUUAAAAUUAUAUUGUUAAAAACUAUGUUAAAAUACUUUUUGGUUUGAUAGAAUUUCAGAAGUAAAAAUUGUUUUGGUGAAAUGUAUUUGUGUGGUUAAACCAUCACAGCAGCCAGACUGACAUUUGUUUCUUUUAAGAGAAUCAUUUCUCUCUUGUAUAUUUGUAUUUUCUAUUCCAUCUUUUAGUUCUGGUUCUUACAAACUUUUGAUGAUUCUGCAUUUGUUUACCAUCCUUGAAUCAUUUUACACUUCAUUAGUUAAUACUAAAAUAAUUACAUAUGGAUAUUUUGCUAGUUUAGGACACUUAAAAUGUAUUCUAUUAUAUUUUAUGAUGAAUGUAAUUUAUUAAACUGACUUUGAAUCUGUUCAGUUCCUUUAAACACCUUGACUUGUAGUUUUAGACUAUUAAAAUAAAAGAAUCAGGAUAAAGAAGAAACUGAAAACAUUCAGUCCUUGUCACUGCCUUGUUACCUGUAAGAGACAAUGAAUGUCUGUAUAAACAAGGCUGUUAAGUUGCUUAUGUGCAGAAGUGCAUUGUACCACUUGUACAAAGAUCUGAAACUAAAACAGCUUGUGAUUUAAUGAUACUAUUCAGAAUGUUUGCAUAGCACUUUCUUUUUAAAUGUUACAAAGUGCUUCACUUUUUAUUUCAAAAAACUGAAUUUUGUUCAGAAAGAUCUUCACAAGAUUAGAAUAAUAAAAUGUGUAAUAAAGAAAUUAAGAUAUUUAAUUGGAUGUCAGGAAUUAAAGCAAUUGAAAACUUUGCAAAAUGAUGCACAUCCCUUGAAAUUUUUUAAUUUUCUUUUACUUUAAAGCCACAAACUUUAGUAUUUUAUAGGUAUUUAUUUAAUAAACAAAGACAAAGUGAACAUAAAAGGAUACAUGAUUUUGAUUUAUUUUAACAUAAGAUCAAAAACAAAUCUAAAGCAGUUGUUUUUAAGCUCUGAUACGCCUAAAGAAAACGUAACAGUAACAAUUAGGCCUCAUAAGUUUCAUAUUUUUGGAUCUGCAAAGACCUCAGUGGGAGAAUCUUGACAACACAAUUGCUAAUGUUUCACUUUUCAAAUCUGACCUUCAUGGAAGAGUGCCGAAAAGUGGAAAGACAUAAAAAGUACAUCUUGAAGUUUGUUACAAGGCAAGUAUGGCACAUAGCUAAAAUGUGGAAGAAUGCACUUUGGUCAGAUGAGAAAAAAAUUUAACCAUUCGACUUAUGUCUAAAGUUGUAUGUGUGGCAGAAAACCAGAGUCCUCCAUGAAAUACUUCAAGCCAUACUGUGACACCUUUUGGUUGUCUAUAGGCUAAAAAGACCAGAAGCAUGUUUGGGGCUGCAGUCCACUCAAUACUAAUACACCCCUGGGAUACAGCAGAAAAUUGUCACAGCUCGGUAUCAGCUGACAUAUGUAGGAGUGAGCCAGCUUUCUGACUCAAAGGGUGAUGUAGCGAUUUACUGCAAUCGUGCAUCACUUCACUCACAUCAUUUCUUGGUAUUAACACACCCUAGAGGGUUUGUGCUGGAGAGGGGAUAGAUCACUGGCUGUCAGUCAAGGGUAGAUUCUUCAGAACCAUUUGUGCAUGAAAAAGGACAAAACUGGUAAUGUGUUCAAAUGCUUAGAACGGAAUAUGUUGGACAAUCAUUUUCCUCUUGUUUUUCAAAAGCUACGUUUUUAACUUGAUUUGUGAUUUAAGAACAGUGGUUUAUUGUGGUUUACAAAAUAAUUUUUUGUGAAAAAGGAUUCUAACUUACCAUAUUGCCCUGAACGUGCAGUUCAGUGCAAUACUGCUUGUGAAACAUUGUCAUGGCAGCAUUAACCUGUGAGGAUGCUGGUCUGAGUUCAAAUGAAGAUGCAAUGAACUAAAUAGAGGGUAAUCCUGGAAGAAACGCUGUUGGAUGCUGGAAAGGGUUUGAGAUUAAAGUUGAGUUCACGUUCUAGCAGGAUGUGGUAGCUUUCAACAUACAGCCAGAGCUACAGUCAAGUGAUUAUCGCAAGACUCAUGUGUCCCAGUCAAAGUCCAGACUUAAAUCUACUUGAAAAUCUGCAGCACUUCACAAUUAUGCCCUACUUUGUCUUUGUCUCUUACAUAAAAUCCAUUAAAAUACUAUAAAGUUUGUACUGGUAAUGCAACAAAGGUAAAUACUAUUGGGAGGAACUGUAUGUAAAUUUAUUUACAGAACUAAACAAUUUACAGUGGAACAAAACACUAAAACGUUUUGCAUACGUAGCCAAAUUAGCUAUCCCAAGACCUUACUAGUGUCUUUAAAAGUAAAAAUAAAAUCCCUUUUAAUUGAGAAUCUCAAAUCUUAUAUAAAGUCCCUGAUGUCUCUAAUGCUAGUUGUGAGUUCAUUUCUUACACACUGCUCUAUUUAAUGCUGAAACAUUAAUACUUCAGCAGCUGUAUUCAGUUUUAAAGUAUGAUUGCUUUAAACUUCAGUUUGUCACUAGCUGUGGAUAUGAGAUUUUUUUUCUUUUUCUUUUAGCUUUCAACUGUAAAGCCUAUUUCUGAAUAUUUGUGUUACUUUUACAGACUAAGAGCUUAGUAGGAGGAGCAUGAGGCCGUUUUAGAGUUGGAUAUUUAAGACAUGAGGAUUUGGACAUUAAGAAUGUUCAGUCUUACUGAAAGAAACACCUCUCUUCAGCACUUUGGCAACUGUCAAAUGACUAAGAUGAUUUCUUUGUGAUAUUUGCCUUAUCUUUGAUCUAUCCUGAGUUUGUAUUUGUUCUGAAACUAUUGCAUUGUUCAGUGAAAAUAAAGUUGACAGAUGUUUUUGUUAAUAUUCAAUAAGUUUAGAGUUGUGGUUGCAGAUUGUAUGACGAACCCAAAUGACAUGCUGACAUGCCUGACGUUUAUUUGAUUGAUCAGCCUGGCAAUGUGUAUGAUUCAUUUAAAGAGUUAGCCAUCUCUUAAAGCAGCCAUUCUGCUGAAAUCAGGUUGCAUCCUGGUGGGAGCUGUUUGUUCAUAAUAAUACAUUUCAUGUGGACAGUUUUGUUCAUGUAAAUUCAAAAUUGUGUAAAAUUUGAGAUAUUGCAAAUAAAGUAAUGUCAUAUACAUGCAA